AUGGUGGUGCAUAAGAAACCGUUAAGUGCAUUCCCAAAGGACACUGUAUUUUCUUCACCUAUAAAGAGAAUAUUCGAUUCACAGACAACAAUCUAUUUUCAGCAUUCUGAAGCAUUAACUCGACUGAAAUUUUUCGUCUCAAAAUACACUUCAUUAGUAGAAUCAAAGACAUAUUACCCUAAGAAUGAGGCUGCGGCCCUGGAUAAAGAGUCAUCAGGUGCAUUAAUGGAUGUCAUCGAAAUAUUAAAUCGUCUUUCUGGUUACAUCGAUGAUAUACCGCCAUUUGAAGGACCAAGACGGUACGGUAACCUUGCAUGUAGAAUAUGGCAUGAUAAAUUGAAUGCAGUAAUUACCGAUGAAAUAACUAAUUUACUCAGGAGAAAUGGUGUUGAAAAUAUUGAUAAUGGAUUUGUAUUAGAAAUGACUUAUUAUAUUCAAAAUUGUUUUGGUUCAAAGACAAGAUUAGAUUUUGGAACAGGGCAUGAAUUAUCAUUUGUUGCAUUUAUUGCAGCUUUAGAUAUGUCUGAUCUAUUACCAAAUUUAACUGGUUAUACCAUAAUGGAAAUAUUUAAUCAUUAUUAUAAGUUAGUGAAAAAACUUAUUCUUACAUAUACUUUAGAACCUGCUGGAUCACAUGGAGUUUGGGGUUUAGAUGAUCAUUUCCAUUUUAUAUAUUUACUUGGAGCAUCUCAAUGGAUUGGCAAUGAAAAGAUAAUAUUGCCUAAGGAUAUGUUAGAUAAAUCUGUUCUAAAUCAAUACAAGGAUCAAAAUUUUUAUUGUAUGGCACUUUCAUUUAUUUUUCAAGUUAAAUCUGGUCCAUUUAGUGAACAUUCCCCUAUCCUUUAUGAUAUAUCACAUAAUGUAAAACACUGGUCCAAAGUAUUUAAAGGUUUAAUGAAAAUGUACGAUGAAGAAGUCUUAAAUAAAUAUCCAGUGGUUCAACAUUUUUGGUUUGGUACAGGAUUUUUCCCCUGGAUCGAUACGAAAACUGAAAAACCUUUACCGGCAUAUGAAAUAGUAGAAGACUCACAGGAAGAGUUGGAAACAUCUCAUAAUACUAAUAUAGACAAUGAUAUUACAACAGGGAUGCCAAAUCGGACUGCUUAUACUAAACAACCAAUCACAUAUCAUACAAACUUGCACACUCCUACAAUAAUGACGAGAAACGAAACAAUACCAAGCACAAUCAACAAUGCAUUUUCCAGAAAACCUCAAACGGCACCUUCAAGAACAAUAACCUCAAUGGCUCCACCUUCGUCAAGAACCUUUAAUAAUUAUACAACUUCAGCCAGAAAUUUGGGUACUACAUCCAACAUGGCAUCAUCACGUUUAGCUCAGGAUGAGAAACUGAGGAACGUACUUCCAAAACGAUAG